AUGAGCUCCGAGUCCCAUACAGAUGACCUGGUCAGCUACUAUCCAUAUAGCCCUAGCCAUGUGCUACCUGCAAUUUUCGCCGCAAUUGUUGGCUUUUCAAUGCUAUUGCACGUUUUUCAAAACUUUCGCUAUAGAUUUUGGAGAGUCACCUUCUUCAUCUCAUGGGGAGGAGUCCUCUUUACAACAGGCUGGAUUCUCCGUUGUAUCUCCAGCUACCACCCCGGAAAUAUGAACCUGUACAUCGCCCAAUCCGUCUUCAUUUACUUAGCACCGCCUGUCUACUCAGCAGCCGCAUACAACCUCGUCGGCCGACUCAUGAACUACGCCCCCAUGCACGCCGUCUUGAAUCCCAACCGCGUCCUAAUCUUCUUCGUCUAUGUUGGCGCCGCCGUCGAAAGCAUCACAGUGGCAGGUGCCGCCAAAAACGCCGCCGCAGGCACUGACCUCAACCAACACAAGUCCGGCGGGAUCCUCAUCGCCGCCGGCCUCGUUCUACAGGCCGUGGUGGAAUGUCUGGUUGUCGCCAUCGUCGCCACUUUUCAUAAGCGCGUAGCCCGAACUGGGAAAGUCCCGCGCAAUAUUCAGACUCUCUGCUUUACUCUGUACGGCACUUCGACAUUUGUCUUGCUGCGUUGUAUUUGUCGUGCCGUGGAGGCAUUUGAGAUGUUCGGGAAGCUGGGCUGUCGCGAGAACUGCGGACCCAUUCUUAGCAAUGAAUGGUAUCUGUAUGCGUUUGAGCUUGGGCCAAUGUUGAUUUUCACCUAUUGGCUUAAUCUCUUGCACCCUGGUCGGUUUUUGCCGAGAGAGAAGACGCGGUACCUUGAUACUGAUCAGUGUACUGAGCGAUAUGGGCCCGGUUGGGUGGAUCGCCGGCCUAGAUGGGAGACUUUUGCUGAUCCGCUUGACCUCCAAGGUACGAUUAAGGGUCAACCUUCUCAUGACCCCUAUUGGAUGAGACCUCGGGAGUGGUCGGUUUGUCAAGAUGGGAGUUUUGCGGAGAGAACUGCCUCAAAUAGAAGAUCAGGAACGGGAAUUGGUGAAUCAGUAGGAAAUAAGACGGGAGCUUAG